AUGAAGCUGAGCAGACGAGUGGAGCUGCCGUUGCAGAGACCAGCACCAGCCAUGGGGAGAGCUGCCCAGCAAACCCUCCUCGCCUUACUCUGUCUAGCAGCUAUGGUUUGUGAGGCUCAGGACACCUGCCCAGACGUGAAAAUAGUGGGUCUCAGUGGUUCAGAGAAGCUUGCUGUUCUCCAAGGCUGCCCUGGGAUUCCUGGUGCCAUGGGGCCCAAAGGUGACCCUGGACCUGCAGGAAUGAGAGGAGAACGGGGAGCUCCAGGGAUCCCUGGAAAGAUGGGACCAGCAGGGGAGAAAGGAGAGAAAGGAGAGCCCGGAGAACCAGAAACAACAGGACCCAGAAACUGCAAGGAGCUGUUAGCCAAAGGGAGAACGCUGAGCGGCUGGUACGCCAUCUACCCAGGAGUUGCUGUUGAUUCCAUCACUGUCUUCUGUGACAUGGAUACAGAUGGCGGAGGCUGGAUUGUUUUCCAGAGACGCGCAGAUGGUUCGGUGGAUUUUUUCCGUGACUGGGAUUCAUACAAGAAGGGUUUUGGGAACCAGCUGACGGAAUUCUGGCUGGGGAAUGACAAUAUCCACCUGUUAACAUCCCUUGAAACUUGUGAACUUCGUGUCGAUCUGAGGGAUGUGGAAAACAAUAAAUCCUUCGCCCACUAUGAGACCUUCAGCAUUUCAGGACAAUCUGACAAAUACAGACUGAACCUAGGAAAAUAUCUUACAGGCACUGCAGGUGAUUCCUUGUCUGGCCAUAGAAAUAUGACGUUUACAACCAAAGACAACGACAAUGAUAUGUAUUUGGGGAACUGUGCUCUGCUGUACAAGGGAGGCUGGUGGUACAACAAGUGUCACGGUUCCAAUCUGAACGGGCUGUACCUGCUGGGGCCCCAUGAGAGCUACGCAGAUAGUGUCAUCUGGGCAACAGGCAAAGGGGCUCACUACUCCUACAAAGUCUCAGAGAUGAAGUUCAGGCCGGUUUAG